AUGAGUUCGGCCAAGAGAAUUCCCAUUUUUUUGCUCAGGCUCCUGGCCUUGGGCGCCGCGGUUACUGCAACUGUUAUCAUGGUGACGAGCAAGGAUUCUGCACAAGUCUUCAACAUGAAAUUUGAAGCCAAAUAUACAAAUUCACCAACUUUCAAGUAUUUUGCGUUAAUAAAUGCAAUAGCAAGUGGUUACACCCUUAUAAUGCUCUUUUUCCCUUCCAAGAGUUAUUGUGGGCGAUUGAUCUUGGUUUUUGAUUUGAUUAUGGCUUUGUUGCUGGAUUCAAGCAUAUCAGCAUGUUUGGCUAUAGCACAGGUGGGUAAGAAGGGGAACAGUCAUGCAGGUUGGCUACCAAUUUGUGGGCAAGUUCCAAAGUUCUGUGACCGAGUUACAGGGGCUCUCAUUGCUGGCUUUUUGGCUGCAAUUCUUGGUUGCCCAUGUUCAACCCUUCGAAUUACGUGCUCUUCUGCAAGUCCAGACCCUCCCAUCAAAAUUGGUGAACUUGAAAAUAGUUCUCUGUUGACUGGUGAUGCAUAUGAUUUCCAAAGAGCAACAACUUCACUGACUCAGAAGUUGUUGUCCUCACCAAAGAAGGUAACUCUUGUACGGCAUGGUCUUAGCUCUUGGAAUAAAGAAGGUAGAGUUCAGGGCAGCUCAAAUCAGUCGGUCUUAUCCGAAGCAGGGGUUGCACAAGCAGAAAGGUGCAGAAUGGCCUUAGCUGACAUUCACUUUGAUCAGUGUUUUUCAAGUCCAAUAUCUCGUGCCAAGUCCACUGCUGAAAUUUUGUGGCAAGAGAGGGAUCAGCCUUUGGUUUUCCUUGACUCGCUGAAGGAGGCUCAUCUAUUUUUUCUUGAAGGGAUGAGAAAUGUGGAUGCCAGGAAGAAAUAUCCCAAAGAGUUCACCAUGUGGAGAGAAGAUCCUUCGAAUUUUUGCGUUAAUGGUGUCUAUCCUCUUCGAAAACUGUGGGAAACGGCUCGUGAAGCUUGGUUGGAAAUACUCUUUACACCCGGAGAAAAUUUCUUGGUUGUAACUCACAAAUCGAUGCUGAGGGCAUUGAUCUGCACGGCUCUUGGACUAGGACCUGAGAGGUUCCGCGCAAUUGACAUCAACAAUGGUGGAUUAUCUAUUUUCAGCUUUAAUAAACAAGGAGAGGCCAUGCUUCAAUCCUUGAAUAUGACGGCCCAUAUGUACAGCGAUCAUAUUUACCAUUACUGA